AUGUCGUCCUUCAUCUCCUUACUCGGGCUGGACGAUCCCAAAAAUCAACUCAGUUUAGCCUCUAUCUGCGGCAUAUUCUUCCUCCUCGGCUGGUUUCUGCUCUUCUUCACUGAGCUCAGCGUGGUCAAGAAGUUCUCCAAUGCAAUCCAUCUCCUCGGACAAUUCGCCUACUCAUGCUUCCUCAAGCCUCACACUGGUGACGGUACGGGCAACCAGCAGGAUGCUCUGGAAAGCUUCUACUCUUCGCAAGCCUCCAUCUACGAUGCCACACGAUCCAAGCUCUUGCAGGGUCGGGAAGACAUGCUGGCGAUUGUAGCUGCUCAAGUCAAAUAUCGACGAGAGACUGGCCAAAUCUCCCACAAGCCCAUUUGGGUGGACGUCGGUGGAGGUACGGGAUGGAACAUUGAACAGAUGGGUCAACAUCUUGAUGUCCCGGAUUUCUUCCACGCGGUAUAUCUGGUCGAUCUCAGCUCCUCGCUUUGCGAAGUUGCACGCCAGCGAUUCUCACGACUCGGCUGGAAGAACGUUCAUGUCAUCUGUCAGGAUGCAAGAACUUUCCGUCUUGCGGAUCACGAAGCUGGUGUUGGCGAGGAGAAGCGCGAGUUCAGUAUUGGUCGACCGGCGUAUGAGGAAGAUGCACGUGAUAGUGUCGGAGCCGAUGUCCUUACCAUGUCUUACAGCUUGAGCAUGAUUCCCGAGUUUCACCMCGCGAUUGACAGCGUUUCGAACCUUUUGGCUCCAAAUGGUAUCGUUGGUGUUGUGGAUUUCUACGUCCAAAACCAGAUUGAGUUCGCAGGCCGCAACUACACUGGUGGUAGUAUCGACAGGCAUUGCAUGUGGAUCAGCCGUGUCUUUUGGAGAACCUGGUUCGAGCUUGACCGGGUCAACUUGGACUCUGCUCGAAGAGAUUAUAUGGAGUACAAGUUUGGAACCAUCAUCAGCACAAACCGCAGAUGCCGUCUUUUUGGAUUCCGCAUCCCAUAUUACAUCUUUGUCGGUUGCACCCGAAGCACGAUCAACCCAAUGCACCAACUCGCAUCCGUCGACGCCGCAGCGACCGAAUCUCCCUUCAUCAGCGCGCUUGAUAUUCWUGCACAGAGCUUGACCCGCCGACGAAGCUCCAGCACCGAACGUCGAAGCAAAGCAUACGAUACCGCGGUAGUGAACCUCGCAGCCAGCCUCCCUCUUCCCGCCGCAUACUAUCAAAACAACAAGACGCGCAUCUACUACGAUGAUACUCUACAAAAGCAUCGCCAAUUCGGUGAUGAGUACAUCUACGCAUUCACGUGGGAGGACAAUCGUAUGGACUCCCGGUUGUUGAAGAUCACCUCGGAGGAUGUCAUCCUUGCCAUUACCAGCGCAGGCGACAAUAUCCUCAGCUAUGCUCUCGAACGACCAAAGAGAAUCCACGCCGUGGACCUCAACCCGAACCAGAACCAUCUUCUUGAAUUGAAAGUUGCCGCCUUCCGCAGUCUUGAAUAUGAAGAUGUCUGGAAGAUGUUUGGCGAGGGUAAACAUGAGAACUUCCAACAACUUCUCCUCGAGCGUCUAUCACCACACCUCUCCUCCCACGCCUUUGACUAUUGGCUUCACGUCGGUCCUUCAGCCUUUUCCGGAAAGGGCUUGUACUUUACAGGUGGCAGCCGUCACGCUCUCAAACUCGUCCAAUGGCUCGGCAGUCUUCUAGGCAUCCGCAACGACAUGAAGAAGCUUGGUGAAGUUCAAACUCUCGCCGAGCAGCGAGAGAUCUGGACCAAACGUGUCCGUCGUGUUCUCCUCUCCCAACUCCUUGCAUACUUUGUCGUGGGCUCCGAGCGGUUUCUGUGGAAAGCCCUCGGGGUGCCAGGCGAGCAAAGAGCCAUGAUUGAAGAAGAUUACAAACGCCAACAAAAAGGAACCCCGACUACAGGCGAGGAGAAGAGUGGUGAGGGUAGACCCGGUGCUGUCGGCGCCACGAAAUCCGGCCAAGCGAUUUGGAAUUAUGGAGUUGAGACUCUCGAUCCCGUCGCUAAUGAGACGCUGUUGAGUGAAGAUAACCACUACUACCUCCUCUGUUUGUUAGGCCACUACACCCGCCGCUCACACCCAACCUACCUAACCCCCAAAUCCCACACCAAACUCUCCCAACCCCCAGCCCUCUCGAACCUCCGGAUCCACACAGACGAACUCUCCGAAGUGUUCGCACGCAUGCAACCCGAAGCCCUGACGAUUGCCGUUUUGAUGGAUAGUAUGGAUUGGUUUGACCCCUUGGGUGAGGAAGCAGCGAUGCAAUGUCGAGCCGUGAAUCGCGCCAUGAAAGUCGGAGGCAGAGUGCUCAUUCGGAGUGCGGGACUUUGGCCUUGGUAUGUGGGAGUUUUUGAGGGGGAGGGGUUUGUGGGGAAGAGGGUUGCUUGUAGGGAAAAGGGGGGGUGUACGGAUCGGGUUAACAUGUAUGCUAGUACGUGGAUUUUUACUAAGGUUAGGUGA